AUGUCCUUUAGUAGUCUACUUUCUUCACCAAAGAAAUUGCUUAAUAAAUCAAAAGGUGCUUCUUCUGAAAAGAAGUUUGCAACCAACAACCAGAACCAGGAGGAGCAACAACAACAGCCAUUGUAUAACCCCAAGCCUCGUGAUACACAACAACAAGGUUCUACAACAACAGCCACCUCAUGUUCCGCACCUUCCGCACAAUAUAAUGGCAAUAUUGUGUCACCGCAGUACAUUACACCGAAAUCUCCAGUAUCGAACAGAGCCCCACCACCACAAAUUGAUACUACUGGUACUACAUAUACACAACCAUCACCAGCUGCAUUACCACGUAUAAGAUCUCCUUUAUCACAACUGGCAAAUUUCGGUGAUUUCACUCAAGAACUGCAGCAGCAACAGUCACAACCGAACUACCAAUACGGCAAUCCUGCACAACAACAAAAACCUGUACAACCGAUUUUUGCCUUGGCAAAUAGCGACAAUAGCAGUUCUAGUGCCGAUUCUGCAUCAACGCAAAAUAAAUUGUUGCCGUCUAAAAUGAAUGGGUCCAACACUAAUGCUGAAUCAACUGAAGUUUCAUCAAUAUACGACCAAUAUUCAUUAAACUCACCCACUUAUUCACAGUUUCCUAAUCAAACAUCACCACGAGUGCGUCACCUGUCGAAAUUAUCGGAUGCGUUUUCAGACACAACCAUUAAUCUGCCCAGACGCACUUUGUCGGAAAAAGCCCGCAAAACUCCAUCGUCAUUUGUACGUCAAUCGCGACUUUUUUCAAAUGAUUUAUCCGACAUUGAUUCACACCUGUUGAAUUCAAUAACUGGCCAAUCGUUGUUAUUACAGAAUAAACUGCAAACGGAAAACUUGUCCCCCGAGUUUCGUCCAAUUGUUAAUUUGCUCAAUGCACAAAGAUUGAGAACUUAUUGUAUUGGUUCAUUUCAAGUACCAGUACGUAUGGAUAAUGAACAAGCUUGGUUUGAAGUUGAUGCUAAAUUGACUGGUAAUGAGUUGGCCAUUUGGAGACCACUGGAUGAUGAGUAUACAAUGGAGGAUGGGAAUGAUGAGUUUAGACCAAAGUAUAUCAAUUUGAUUGAUUUUAGAGUGGAAUUUCUCGGUGAUUUACAACUUCGUAUAUCGCAGGAUUAUCGUGAGGAUUCAAGUGUUUUGAUUCGGUUCCAUAAUGAACUUGACUUCAACAAAUGGAUUAGUGCAAUUUCGUUGUCCAAGUUUGAAUACACUAAAUUAAAUGAAGCAUUUACUGCUGUGUUGUUGAGUUCCAGAGGGUCGAAGUUGCUGGAUAUCCAUGUAUUGCUCACUCAUAAAAAGAGAUUUGUUGAGUAUGAAUGGUGUAAUAUUAGAUUGCCAGAGAUUUCCACUAAAUGGAUCAAAGUUUACAUGGUUAUUUUACCAAGUGAUAAGCACCAUUUAGGCAGGAUUGAAAUUUAUCCACUGGAUAAAAAGAUGCAAAAGAAGCAUCUCAUUGCUUAUAUCAGUGACUUGACAAGUUUGUUCAAUGUGUACCCAGAACAAUCCAACUUGAUUGAUUUCAAUUCAAUCAUGAGUGCAUCGGGUCUGAUUCAUGUAAACAAGCUGUAUGAGUAUUUGUUUCCAUACAAUAAUCAUGAGGAUAAACAACUGUCACCUAGGAAACUCAUUGCAAAGAAUUAUGCAUCAAUGUCACGUUCAGGAUCCAACAAGUCCCUUUCAUCUUUAGCUGAUAAUGGCAACAACGCUACCACCAAUGCUAACAACUUACAAGUUCCAUCGACUCCUAAACUCAAUGGUGGAGAUUCUCGCUCAAGAUCAGAUUCACUAAACUCGACAAAUUCAUUUUUUGCCAAUUCACCAACCACUGCUACCCCAUUAACCAGAGAUCGAUCAAUAUCAAAUGCAUCCAAUUCAGAAAAGACAAAGAGGUUUAAACCCAAGAGUAAAACCACCACUGAAUUUGAUUUAAACAGAACCAAUUCAACCUUUUUCAAGAAACAUGCCGAGGAUUUUGCUUCUACAAACACGAUGUAUAUAAUGCCAAUACCUCAUCCUGGUGUCAAUGCAGUUGAAACAAUGGUGCGCAAUUUCAUUCCCAUUAUUGAUUCGUUUAAAUUGUAUGGUCGUCCACGCCAUUUGGCUAGUGAAAAGACUAAUCCUGAUUCAAUGUUGUUUGGAUUGCCUUCAUUACCUCAUUAUCAAUACUUGUCUACACGUGAUGCCCAAGAUGCAUUUGCUGAGUAUUUCCGUUUAAACAUGAACCAAUUUGAAAUGGAGGAUAUUUUGCGGGACAAGAUUCUUGCAUUGAUGGAAAAUCGUCGUCAUCAUCAUGGUAAAGCAUAUAGAGGACAUGGAGAUGUGAGGAAAUUGUAUGAAGGAUUGGAUGUCAAUUUUGAUGAACUUACUUCUCCUGUUUUAAGUGGGGUUGAAAGUAUCAAUGGUGGUGGAGGGGCUGAUGGUGAUGAUAAUUUGCUGUUGAACUUGGGCGACCCAAUCAAUUUAGGAUCACCAAGAAUAACAAGUCCAUUGAGUGUUUGA